AUGCAGCGUUCACAGACUUGGAGUCUUAGCGCCUUUCGUAACUCCUGCCUGUCUAGUAGUCAGCUGUUUCCACAAGCAGCUACAGAACUAAAGAUUAGGGACAGGGAUUCUGUAGAAGCUCGUAAAGCGACAACCCUAGCCCCGGGGCGAAAACAGUUUGCGAAGAAAGAAAGCCUGAAGUAUUUGCUGUUGGUGAUUCAAGGAAAGCUUGGAGAUAAUUCUGGUGGCUGUGUGGAGGAUGCAUUGGAGACCUCAUCACCUGAUUCUUCCAAUGAGAAUUCCGUAGCAACUCCUCCCCUAGAUGAAGAAGGGCAAGGUGAUGCCCCAUCACAGCAUGAAGAUGAAGAACCUGCCUUUCCACAUAGUGAACUGGCAAAGCUGGAUGACAUGAUCAACAGGCCUCAGUGGGUGGUUCCUGUUUUGCCAAAAGGGGAAUUAGAAGUGCUUUUAGAAGCCGCUAUUGAUCUUAGUAUAAAAGGUCUUGAUGUUAAAAGUGAAGCAUGCCAACGUUUUUUUCGAGAUGGACUAACAGUAUCUUUCACUAGAAUCCUUAUGGAUGAGGCUGUGAGUGGGUGGAAGUUUGAAAUUCAUAGAUGUAUUAUUAACAAUACUCAUCGCCUAGUGGAGCUUUGUGUGGCCAAGUUGUCCCAAGAUUGGUUUCCACUCCUAGAACUUCUCGCCAUGGCCUUAAAUCCUCAUUGCAAGUUUCAUAUCUACAAUGGUACCCAUCCAUGUGAAUCAGUUUCCUCAAAUGCUCAAUUGCCUGAAGAUGAAGUAUUUGCAAGUUCUUCAGAUCCUCAAUCACCAAAAGUGUGUUGGUUUGUUACUUUCAAGGUUAAAUAUUAUUUUUUUUUGCAUUUGCUACAAACCAUUAAUGAUGUGAACCUCCCUAUGAAUGCACUAAAUGAAAUCAAUAAGGUAAUAACAUUUACUGCAAAUUUUUCUCAUAGAUUGUUGCAAAUUUCCUCUUUUAAUGGAAAGAUGAAUGCACUGAAUGAAAUCAAUAAGGUUAUAUCUAGUGUAUCAUAUUAUACUCAUCGGCAUAGUAAUCCUGAGGAGGAAGAAUGGCUGACAGCUGCGAGAAUGACAGUAAGCCUUGUAAUUCUUUUUUUUGUUAAUAAGUUUUUUGUUUGCUUUUAUUCUGUUUUGUUUUUUCAACAGGCGGGAAAACAUGAAGCCAUUGUGAAUAAUGUACAUGAUCUGCUAGCAAAGUUGGCUUGGGAUUUUUCUCCUGGACAACUUGAUCAUCUUUUUGAUUGCUUUAAGGCAAGUUGGACAAAUGCAAGUAAAAAGCAACGUGAGAAACUCCUUGAGCUGAUGCGUCGUCUUGCAGAAGAUGAUAAAGAUGGUGUGAUGGCACACAAAGUGUUGAACCUUCUUUGGAAUCUUGCUCAUAGUGAUGAUGUGCCUGUAGAUAUCAUGGACCUUGCUCUUAGUGCACACAUAAAAAUACUAGAUUAUAGUUGCUCCCAGGAUCGAGAUGUACAAAAGAUCCAGUGGAUAGAUCGCUUUAUAGAAGAAGUUAGCACAAAUGACAAAUGGGUAAUUCCUGCUCUGAAACAAAUAAGAGAGAUUUGUAGUUUGUUUGGUGAAGUACCUCAAAAUUUAAGUCAAACUCAGCGAAGUCCCCACAUAUUUUGUCGCCAUGAUUUAAUCAACCAGCUUCAACAAAGUCAUGCUUUAGUUACUUUGGUAGCAGAAAAUCUUGCAACUUACAUGAAUAGCAUCAGAUUGUAUGCUAGAGAUCAUGAAGACUAUGAUCCACAAACAGUGAGGCUUGGAAGUCGAUAUAGUCAUAUUCAAGAAGUUCAAGAACGACUAAACUUCCUUAGAUUUUUACUGAAGGAUGGCCAACUGUGGCUCUGUGCUCCUCAGGCAAAACAAAUAUGGAAGUGCUUAGCAGAGAAUGCAGUUUAUCUUUGUGAUCGUGAAGCCUGUUUUAAAUGGUAUUCCAAAUUAAUGGGGGAUGAGCCAGACUUAGAUCCUGAUAUUAAUAAGGACUUCUUUGAAAGUAAUGUGCUUCAGCUUGAUCCUUCCCUAUUAACUGAAAAUGGAAUGAAAUGCUUUGAAAGAUUUUUCAAAUCUGUCAAUUGUCGAGAAGGGAAACUAGUAACAAAAAGAAGAGCCUAUAUGAUGGAUGAUUUGGAAUUAAUUGGUCUAGACUACCUUUGGAGGGUUGUGAUUCAGAGUAGUGAUGAGAUUGCUGACAGAGCUAUAGAUCUUCUUAAAGAGAUAUACACAAACCUUGGUCCAAAAUUAAAAGCCAAUCAGGUGGUUAUCCAUGAAGGCUUCAUUCAGUCUUGCUUUGAUCGUUUAAAAUCAUCAUAUGAUACAUUGUGUGUUUUGGAUGGUGACAAAAACAGUAUUAAUUGUGCAAAACAAGAGGCCAUUCGAAUGGUUAGAGUAUUGACUGUUUUAAAAGAGUACAUUAAUGAAUGUGACAGUGAUUAUCACGAGGAAAGAAGGAUUCUGCCUUUGUCCAGAGCAUUUCGUGGCAAACACGUCUCUCUUAUAGUUCAGUUUCCAAACCAGGGCACACAGGUUGAUGAGAUGGAUAUAUGGUCUCAUACAAAUGACACAGUUGGUUCAGUACGGCGAUGCAUUGUUAAUCGUGUUAAAGCCAAUGUAGCUCAUACAAAAAUUGAACUUUUUGUGGGUGGUGAGCUGAUAGAUUCUGAAGAUGACAGAAAGCUAAUUGGACAGUUAAACCUAAAAGAUAAAUCUCUGAUUACAGCCAAACUUACACAAAUAAAUUCCAACAUGCUGUCAAGUCCUGAUAGCUCUUCCGAUUCCUCAACUGCAUCUCCUGGAAACCACUAUAACCAUUAUAAUGAUGGCCACAAUCUAGAGGUGGAAAGUUGUUUGCCUGGGGUGAUAAUGUCAAUGCAUCCCAGAUACAUAUCUUUCCUUUGGCAAGUUGCAGACUUAGGUAGCAACCUGAAUAUGCCACUUCUUAGAGAUGGAGCAAGAGUAGUCAUGCACCUUAUGCCACCAGAUAGAACCGCUGUAGAAAAAUUAAGAGCUAUUUGUUUAGACCAUGCAAAAUUUGGAGAAGGCGAACUUAGUCCUCCUCUUGACUCUCUUUUCUUUGGUCCUUCUGCCUCCCAAGUUCUAUACCUAACAGAGGUAGCUUAUGCCUUGUUAAUGCCUGCUGGUGCACCUCUAACUGAUGGGUCCUCUGCCUUUCAAGUUCACUUCUUGAAACAUGGUGGCUUACCCCUUGUACUGAGUAUGCUAAUAAGAAAUAACUUCUUAUCAAAUACAGAUAUGGAAACUCGAAGGAGUGCUUAUUUAAAUGCUCUUAAAAUAGCCAAACUCUUGUUAACUGCCAUUGGCUAUGGCCAUGUUCGAGCUGUAGCAGAAGCCUGUCAGCCAGUUGUAGAUGGUACAGAUCCUAUAACACCGAUUAACCAAGUAAAUCAUGAUCAAGCAAUGGUGCUACAAAGUGCCCUUCAGAGCAUUCCUAAUCCCUCAUCUGAGUGCGUGCUUAGAAAUGAGUCAAUACUUCUUGCUCAGCAAAUAUCUGAUGAGGCCUCAAGAUAUAUGCCUGAUAUUUGUGUAAUUAGAGCUAUACAGAAUAUUACCUGGGCAUCAGCAUGUGGCUCACUAGAACUAGUAUUUAGCCCAAACGAAGAAAUAGCUAAAAUUUAUGAGAUGACCACCAAUGGAAGCCAUGAGCUGGAGGUGGAAGAUGAACACGUUUGCUGUGAAGCACUGGAAGUGAUGACCUUAUGUUUUGCUUUAUGUCCGACAGCUUUGGAUGCACUUAGUAAAGAAAAGCCUUGGCAAACAUUCAUCAUUGACUUACUGUUGCACUGUCCAAGCAAAACUGUUCGUCAGUUGGCACAGGAGCAGUUCUUUUUAAUGUGCACCAGAUGUUGCAUGGGACACAGGCCUCUGCUUUUCUUCAUUACUCUACUCUUUACCAUAUUGGGGAGCACAGCAAGAGAGAGGGGUAAAUAUUCCAGUGAUUAUUUCACACUUUUACGGCACCUUCUCAAUUAUGCUUACAAUGGCAAUAUUAACGUACCCAAUGCUGAAGUUCUUCUUGUCAAUGAAAUUGAUUGGCUCAAAAGGAUUAGGGAUAAUGUUAAAGACACAGGUGAAAUAGGUGUUGAAGAACCAGUACUGGAAGGCCAUCUUGGGGUAACAAAAGAGUUAUUGGCCUUUCAAACUCCUGAGAAAAAGUAUCACAUUGGUUGUGAAAAAGGAGGUGCUAAUCUCAUUAAAGAAUUGAUUGAUGAUUUCAUCUUUCCUGCAUCCAAAGUUUAUCUGCAAUGUAUAAAAAGUGGAGAACUGCCAGCUGAGCAGGCUGUUCCAGUCUGUAGUUCACCUGCUACCAUCAAUGCUGGCUUUGAGCUACUUGUAGCAUUAGCUAUUGGCUGUGUAAGGAAUCUCAGACAGAUUGUAGACUGUUUGACCGAAAUGUAUUACAUAGGCACAGCAAUAACUACUUGUCAAGCACUUACUGAGUGGGAAUAUCUGCCCCCUGUUGGACCCCGUCCACCAAAAGGAUUUGUGGGACUCAAAAAUGCUGGUGCUACCUGUUAUAUGAAUUCUGUGAUCCAGCAGCUCUACAUGAUUCCUUCUAUCAGGAAUAGUAUUCUUGCAAUUGGAGGCAUAGGUAGUGAUUUAGAUGAUGAUAUGUUCGGGGAUGAGAGGCAGGACAAUGAGAGUAAUGCUGAUCCCCGAGAUGAUGUAUUUGAAUAUCCUCAUCAAUUUGAAGACAAACCAGCAUUAAGUAAGACAGAAGUUAGGAAAGAAUAUAAUAUUGGUGUCCUAAGACACCUUCAGGUUAUCUUUGGUCAUUUAGCUGCUUCCCGGCUACAAUACUAUGUACCUAGAGGAUUUUGGAAACAGUUCAGGCUUUGGGGUGAGCCUGUUAAUCUCCGUGAACAACAUGAUGCCUUAGAGUUUUUUAAUUCUUUGGUGGAUAGUCUAGAUGAAGCUUUAAAAGCUUUAGGACAUCCAGCUAUGCUAAGUAAAGUCCUAGGGGGUUCCUUUGCUGAUCAGAAGAUCUGCCAAGGCUGCCCACAUAGGUAUGAAUGUGAAGAAUAUUUUACAACUUUGAAUGUGGACAUUAGAAAUCAUCAAAAUCUUCUUGAUUCUUUGGAACAGUAUAUCAAAGGAGAUUUAUUGGAAGGUGAAAAUGCAUAUCAUUGUGAAAAAUGUGAUAAAAAGGUUGACACAGUAAAGCGCCUGCUAAUUAAAAAAUUGCCUCGAGUUCUUGCUAUCCAACUCAAACGAUUUGACUAUGACUGGGAAAGAGAAUGUGCAAUUAAAUUCAAUGAUUAUUUUGAAUUUCCUCGAAAGCUGGAUAUGGGACCUUACACAGUAGUAGGUGUUGAAAAGCUGGAGAAUGAUAAUGUAAAUUCAGAAAAUCAGUUGCUUAAACAGAAAGAGCAGCCUGAAAAUGAAACUACAGGAAGCACAAAGUACAGGCUUGUAGGUGUGCUUGUACACAGUGGUCAAGCAAGCGGUGGGCAUUAUUAUUCUUACAUCAUUCAAAGGAAUGGUAAAGAUGAUGAGAGAGAUCACUGGUAUAAAUUUGAUGAUGGAGAUGUAACAGAAUGCAAAAUGGAUGAUGAUGAAGAAAUGAAAAAUCAGUGCUUUGGUGGAGAGUACAUGGGAGAAGUAUUUGAUCACAUGAUGAAGCACAUGUCUUAUAGGCGGCAGAAGAGGUGGUGGAAUGCUUACAUACUCUUUUAUGAACAAAUGGAUAUAAUAGAUGAAGAUGAUGAGAUGAUAAGAUGUAUAUCAGAACUAACUAUUGCAAGACCCCAUCAAAUCAUUAUGUCACCAGCCAUUGAGAGAAGUGUACGGAAACAAAAUGUGCAAUUUAUGCAUAACCAAAUGCAAUAUAGUUUAGAGUAUUUUCAGUUUGUGAAAAAACUGCUUACAUGUAAUGGUGUUUAUUUAAACCUUGCUCCAGGGCAGGAUCAUUUGUUGCCUGAAGCAGAAGAAAUUACUAUGAUUAGUAUUCAGCUUGCUGCUAGAUUCCUCUUUACCACUGGAUUUCACACGAAGAAAAUAGUUCGUGGUCCUGCCAGUGACUGGUAUGAUGCGCUAUGCAUUCUCCUCCGUCACAGCAAGAAUGUACGUUUUUGGUUUGCUCAUAAUGUUCUUUUCAAUGUUUCAAAUCGCUUCUCUGAGUAUCUUCUGGAGUGCCCAAGUGCAGAAGUGAGGGGUGCGUUUGCAAAACUUAUAGUGUUUAUUGCACACUUUUCUUUGCAAGAUGGGUCUUGUCCUUCUCCUUUUGCAUCUCCAGGAUCUUCUAGACAGGCAUGUGAUAACUUGAGCUUGAGUGACCACUUACUAAGAGCCACACUAAAUCUCUUGAGAAGGGAAGUUUCAGAGCAUGGGCGUCAUUUACAACAAUAUUUUAAUUUGUUUGUAAUGUAUGCCAAUUUAGGUGUGGCAGAAAAAACACAGCUUCUGAAAUUGAACGUACCUGCUACCUUUAUGCUUGUGUCUUUAGAUGAAGGGCCAGGUCCUCCAAUCAAAUAUCAGUAUGCUGAAUUAGGCAAGUUAUAUUCAGUAGUGUCUCAGCUGAUUUGUUGCUGCAAUGUAUCAUCAAGAAUGCAGUCUUCAGUCAAUGGUAAUCCUCCUCUCCCCAAUCCUUUCGGGGACCCCAAUUUAUCACAGCCCAUAAUGCCAGUUCAGCAGAAUGUGGCAGACAUUUUAUUUGUAAGAACAAGUUAUGUGAAGAAAAUUAUUGAAGACUGCAGUAACUCAGAGGAUACCAUCAAAUUACUUCAUUUUUGCUCUUGGGAGAAUCCUCAGUUCUCAUCUACUGUCCUCAGUGAACUUCUCUGGCAGGUUGCAUAUUCAUAUACCUAUGAACUUCGGCCAUAUUUAGAUCUACUUUUGCAAAUUUUACUGAUUGAGGACUCUUGGCAGACUCACAGAAUUCAUAAUGCACUUAAAGGAAUUCCAGAUGAUCGAGAUGGGCUAUUUGAUACCAUACAGCGCUCAAAGAAUCACUAUCAAAAACGAGCAUAUCAGUGCAUAAAAUGUAUGGUAGCUUUAUUUAGCAGUUGUCCUGUUGCUUACCAAAUCUUACAGGGCAAUGGAGAUCUUAAAAGAAAAUGGACCUGGGCAGUGGAAUGGCUAGGAGACGAACUUGAAAGAAGACCAUAUACUGGAAAUCCUCAGUAUAUUUACAAUAAUUGGUCUCCUCCAGUACAAAGCAAUGAAACAUCAAAUGGUUAUUUCUUAGAAAGAUCACAUAGUGCCAGGAUGACACUUGCAAAAGCUUGUGAACUCUGUCCAGAAGAGGAACCAGAUGACCAAGAUGCUCCAGAUGAGCAUAAGUCCUCUCCACCAGAAGAUACCCCAUUAUAUUCUCAUUUACCUGGCUCUCAGUAUCAAAAGAAUAAUCAUGUGCAUGGACAGCCAUAUACAGGACCAGCAGCACGUCACUUGAACAACCCUCAGAAAACUAGCCAACAAACACAAGUAAAUUAUGAAGGCAAUGAAGAAGUAUCCUCACUUCAGAUGAAGGAUCAGUGAAAAGCACAUAAUUUAUGACCAUGCACUAAGGCCGUACCAUCCAAGCUUUUUCUGUGCCUGGCUAGUAUUGAAAACUAGAUAAACUACUUCAAAGCAACAUGGAGUGGAGAGCAUAUUCAGUGUCUCAUUUAUAAUAAUUUGCCAUUCAUCAGUGUAUAAACCACAGGCGGGGGAAGUGUACAGUGUUUUGUAAUAAAUGACUGAUCCUAAUCUGUAAAUGACAAAAGUGUAUAUACUAUGUUAAUUUUUGACUGUUGAUUCUUAAUCAAGAAACUUUUUUGAUAAAAACAAGUUAGAUCUAUACAAUCACACAAUUUUUUUUUGUUAACGUUCACUGCAUUGUGCAAUUGAUAUUGCUUGCUUUGUGGUUUGAUCAACUCCUUCACCCCCUUUACCCCCAGAAAAGGGAACAUAAAAAAGAGCCCAUCUUUGUCAGUUUACAUCAAUAGUUUCUUAUUAAUCUUUUUGACUGGAUCUGUAAGUUUGGUGGUUAACUUUUGAAUUAUAUGGUCGAUGUGGAAAAUUGGCAAUGUAACGUUUCUAGACAUUUUUCAUUACCUUUCUAUUCUGGUAUAUAGGCUAACCACUUUAAAGUUAUUCUUACAUUGUAACAAUUAGCAUGGCUUCACACUAUUUGUGUAGCCAAGAGGACAGAAUUACAUAAAUGACAGCAGUUGCCCAGAGGGACAGUUGUAUUGCUCAGAGAUUUUAUUUCUUAUACCUAGAAUAAACAUAAAGUGGGGAAAAAUGUGACAAGCAAUUUUCAUUGUGUACAUGUUCUUCACAAAUUAUAUCAAAGUAUAUCUAAUAGAAAUUUUAAAAUAUUAAAACCAGUAGGCAAAAUUUUUCUAUGUCAGAAUGUGUGGAGCAUAAUAGAUUGUAUUCGGUGCACUUGGGUUUUUGUUGUUGUUCUUGUUGAAUUUAUUAACUGGGACUUCUAAAACUAAAACUUUGCUUCUUUUGAUCCUGGUGAAGUGUACGUCAUCAGAAUCCACAGUACUUUUGAAGUACCAUUGCACCAAGAUGUCUGACUGAAUUACUAGUCAGUCAUAAUUUUACUCGAAAGCAAGAAUUGUCCUAGUGGUUUUUUUUUUUCUGUUACUCUAAAACCCUUGUUGUUAAAUAUAGGGUUUAAUUAAAAUGUAAGCUCCUGCUUAUGUUAAUGUAAUUCUAAGGUACCAUUUUGGAAGAAACAUUUGUUUUAAGAUUCCAAGAAAUCUGUGAGUUAAUACCGUAUUUCAAAAGAGAAUUGGUAAAUUUUGAAUAUGUGUAAUAUUUUGGAACCUGUUUAAAAACCAAAUAUCCCUGCAAAUAGAUACAGCCUAUCCUAUAAUAUUUAAAUAUUUUGCUGUUUUGAUUUAUAGAAAUUAUUUUGCUGAAUUCACAAAUAGAAUUUUGAUUUAAGAAGAA